AUGGAACUGCAGCGCGACGCCCAAGCAGCGGGUGCCAGCAGCGAUGAUGUUCAACCGCUUUUGUCGCCUUCAGCACAGACCGGUAAGAAAUGGCUGCGUGCCGCGCUGGCGGCCGCCGUGAUCGUGGCACUUGCCAUCGCGUCCGUCAUGACUCUCAGCCACCAGAAGCUUCGAGCGGAGCCUGUCAACUUGGUCGCGACGCAGUUGGCCAGCACCAUCAAGCCCUUAAAGCCGCGGAAGGUGUGUGCUUCGGGCAAAGAGAGUUGCAUGGACUCGGGUUGCUGCAAGCAAACGGGCGCCAAAUGCUUCAAGAUGGAUGAUGAGCACGCUUGGUGCAAUAUGACUUGUACGAAGGGGAAGGGCUGGUCCUGCGAAGACAUCACUGCCACGAAGGAUGAAGUGGCAGCAGAAAACCCGGGUACAUCGCUGUAUUGCUAUGCUGUGCACUUCCACGACAACAAGGGCAAGCCCAACCAUGAGCUGGAUCUGCUGAAGAUGCAGAUGCAGAGGGGGCUGGGCAUAUUUGCGUGCGAUGCGUACGAGAUUCGGAGCGACGUGCAACUCUCGGUGGGGGACUACGAAGCAGUAAAGGUUGACGAUCUCGAGGGGGAUUUUUGCAAGUACACGCGUCCAGAUACGGGUUCGUGCGCCAACACGGCCAUAUUCUAUCAAGUGUGGCAGAAGAUGCGUGGAGAAAGUCUUCUGUGGAGUAAAGUGCAGGACAAGAGUUGGGUGAUCAAGGCAGACAUUGAUGCCGUGCUCAUCCCGCAGCGAUUGACGGACAUGCUGUCGCAAAUGGGGGAGCCAAACGUAGGAGUCUACUACGAAAAUUGCAAGGGCGUGGAUUCGGGAUUCUACGGCAACCUCGAGGUGGUGUCUACCAAGGGCUUCAAGAUAGUCGCUGACAACAUGGAGGAGUGCAAGCGGAACCUCUGCUGGGGCGGCGAGCUGUGCGAGGAUUGGAAGUGGGGACCCUGGGGCGAGGACAAGUUCUUGCAGGAGUGCAUGGACAGGCACGGGGUCGCCAAGCUGCCCCUCUACGAGCUGACCUACGACGGCUGCUGCGCAAGCGACCGGCCCGCGGGCGUGGAGAAGCUCCCCAACUCGACGAACAAGCCGCAGAAGUGGAAGCCUUCAUGCUUGGACUCGUACGCUCCAUCCACGCAUCCCUUCAUGACCGUGGCCUCGUGGGAGGCCUGCUACGCCGACACCAUGAAGCCGAAGCCGCCGACGACCUCGUCGCACCCCCCGGAGUACUGCACCGCGACGCCGGCGGCCACCUGCGGCAACUCCGACCGGCUGUGCGUCCUGGACCACGCGCGCUGCAAAGGCGCGGCAGGCAGGGACGAAGACCUCGGCCAGGGGUUCUGCUGCACCGCGGCGGGCUGGGCCGACGAGGUGCCCAUGAUGCGGGGCUGCCGCUUCUGCGGGGACGAGGAGUGCGGCCCCUGCCCGUCCUGA